UGAAACAAAUGGAGUGGUACGUCUAAAUGCAAAGUCAAAUGUUCUUCAGCCCCCCAAAGUUGAUUUGAUCUUUGUAAAAUGAGGAUAUUUUGGAUGAAGAAUGAUGUGGCCGGGGAUUCUUCCUCUUUUCUAAAGCACAGAUGAAGCAAAAUACAAGGCCUACUGCAUAGCUUAACAACUCGAGGACCAAUCGGAAUCAAAGCAUCAUGUCCCUCUGUACAUAUUUGUUAGUGAAGUAUAUCAAGAAACGAACAGCAGGAAGGAGAAUAAGAGGAUCAAUCAAUAAUGCUUCAUCCACAUCAGAAACUGCAGAUCUUUCACCAUCUGCAGACACACUUGGAAAUGAUAUAGAUGACCCAGUAAGCCCAGACUCACCAAUGUGUAUUUUCGAGAUCAUAGCAGCAUCAACAGAUAACUUUAAGGACAAAAACAAGCUUGGCGAAGGAGGUUUCGGUCCAGUCUACAAGGGAAGGCUUUCAAAUGGAGAAGAAAUAGCCGUGAAAAGACUCUCGAAGCAUUCUAGCCAAGGAAUAAACGAAUUCAGGAAUGAGGUGGAACUGAUAUCAAAACUACAACACAGGAACUUAGUAAGGCUGUUGGGUUGCUGUGUCAAGGGAGAAGAGAAGCUACUGAUCUAUGAGUUCAUGAGCAACAAGAGUUUGGCUGUGUUUCUCUUUGAUGAAACGAAGCAAGGAAUGUUGGACUGGAAAAGGCGCUACAACAUUGUUGAAGGGGUAGCUCGAGGGCUAUUAUAUCUUCACCGGGACUCUAGAUUGAAGAUAAUACAUCGAGAUCUCAAGGCAAGCAACAUUCUACUUGAUGAUCAAUUUAAUCCAAAAAUCUCUGACUUUGGCACAGCAAGGAUUUUCGGUGGAGAUCAGACUCGAGAAACGACAAGUAGAGUUAUCGGAACAAUUGGAUACAUGUCUCCCGAGUAUGCAAUGGAAGGCCAAAUUUCUGAUAAAUCCGACGUUUUCAGCUUUGGUGUUUUACUUUUGGAGAUCGUCAGCGGCAAGCGAAACAACUACUUUCUACAUGAUGACCAAGCUCUGAACCUUGUGGGCUACGCAUGGACGCUGUGGGCGGAAAACAGAAUCCUUGAGUUAAUCGAUCCUUCACUAGGUGACUCUUGGGAUUAUAAGGAAGUGUGCAAGUGCAUCAAAGUCGGGCUUUUGUGUGUACAAGAGUACCCAAUAGACAGGCCAAAUAUGUCUUUGGUUGUCUCGAUGUUGAAUAGCGAUACAAUUCUUCCUGAUCCGAAGCGAGCCGCUUUCUUUGCAGGAAGAAGCAACUCAGAAGCAGUACCAUCAACAAACGCCUAUGAGACAUCAUCUGUGAAUGGUCUAACCAUUACCAACAUAGACAGCAGGUGAUACGUGCAGCAACAUAAAACUCAACCAAUUUGGCAUGUUGUUAUCGAAAUUAUGGGAUUGACUAAAUUGUAAAGUUAAGGUCUCGGAUUGUAUUAUUGUUUUCGUUGUUGUUUUCUUUUUUGGUUGAGAACACAUUCUAUGUGACAGUGUCGGAUCAGACGGUAUAUUGCUAGCAGUCUGCACGUGCAUGCAUGAUGCUUGUUUGGCAACAAAAAAAA